AUGUCUUUGUUUCAGUUCGGCUUCUCUCUCAGUAGAGAAGAACCUUCGCCUGAAGAUUCGGUGGAGGUAGAAAUACUUGAAUCACAUAUACCGAGGCAGGAGGAUACAAAUUUAGGAGUGGUUGAACACAGGGAAACUGAAGCCGCAGUUGUAAACCUUUCAAGACCCGCCGAGAUUUUGCAACCAAAUCAACAUCCUAAGAGAAAAAGGCGAAAAUAUUUUCAAUACAGCGGCGAGGAUCGCGUAAAAAUUGGGAAGUUCGCAAGUGAAAAUGGAAACAAAAAAACCCUAGAACACUAUUGA